AUGUCUCUCGAACAAGAAAUUGGUGAUAUUGAAGGCAUUCAUAAAUUAAAAGCAAUAAUUUCUGAUUUACACUAUAGAAAUGUCAUGGAUGUUGAGCAAAUUUUGAAUUAUCCAAGCGAAAAUGAAUCUUUAAUGGAGUUACCUACGGAUGAAGAAAUUAUUCAAGGAGUAAUGGAUGUGCCAACUGAUGACGAGCAAGAUCCAGAUGACAAUAUUGUUUUACCACAUGUUUCUCCAAAAGAGGCUUUUCUAAUUGUGGAUAUCUUGAAGAAUUAUUUAACACAACACGAGAAGAAUAUACCAGAUUUGGUUUAUGCCCUUCUAAAAGUUGAAGAUGAAAUUGUAUAUGAUUCACAUGCAAAGAAGAAGCAGUUAACUAUAGAUGCAUAUUUUAACAAUCAAUAA